AUGAUCUACCAAGUUGCCGCUGCCGCUGCCGCUGCCGCUGCCGGUAUUGUGUUUUAUGUUGGUCUUAAUCAGAUAAGUCGAGUCAAGCUCGGAACGGACAAGAUUUUCUUCCUUUGA